GCCGGCACGAGGGAGUCUGAGAUCCUGGGGAGGGGGUGGGGGAGGUUGCGCUGCUUUCGCCACCAACAUGCCCUUUGAUUUCAGGAGGUUUGACAUCUACAGGAAGGUGCCAAAAGACCUUACGCAGCCAACCUUUACAGGAGCAAUUAUCUCUGUCUGCUGCUGUCUCUUCAUACUGUUUCUCUUCUUGUCUGAGCUUACUGGAUUCAUAGCGACUGAAAUUGUUAAUGAGCUCUAUGUGGAUGACCCGGACAAAGACAGUGGUGGCAAAAUAGAAGUAACUUUGAACAUCAGCUUGCCUAAUCUGCACUGUGAAUUGAUCGGACUGGAUAUUCAGGAUGAAAUGGGAAGACAUGAAGUUGGUCACAUUGACAACUCAAUGAAAAUUCCUCUGAAUAAUGGGGAUGGAUGCCGGUUUGAGGGCCAUUUCAGCAUCAAUAAGGUACCUGGUAAUUUUCACGUAUCAACACACAGUGCCACUGCACAGCCACAGAAUCCUGACAUGACACACAUCAUCCACAAGCUCUCCUUCGGUGACAAGCUACAG